AUGCGGGCCUUUCUCCUCGGCGCAAGCCCCAAGCCCUCAGCCUUCUCCUCAAGUAUCUCUCGUGCUACCAUCCGCCUACAAAUCUGCACUUCGGGAAUUUAUACCGAUAUUCAGGAUGGCAUCAUAUAUGGAUUCACGAUCAAACCGCUCAGUCGACCAUUUGAAUAUACGGUUGCAAAGGAUGGGACGGUGGACUUGCCUCCUGUCAAGGAUAGCAUUAUCAAAAGUUCGGAUUAUGUGGAUCCCACUGCGUUUGCACAGUGGACUGUGAAGAUUAUGAACCCGGGAGAUUUGGAUCUAAGUGGGCUAACGGGAUUGAAAUUGUACUGGGAGGGAAAUGCGAGGUUCAAUUAG